ACUGAAAUCCUGGCUUCCAGUAGAUGACACCGUCAUCAGCUGUUCUGAGUCCGAAGCUAGUUGCGUGAUUCUUGUCCUUGAGCUGCCCUUAGCCAUCACCAAGGUUAGGAGUGAGACAUAGGAGGGGAUACUCAGGAUAGGGAAAGACUGACAGGAGGGCCCCUUCUUUGCUGGGUUCGUGAACACCAGCAGCCUUGCCUUGCAUUGAAGUGAAGAUGGGAAAGCACUGUGGUCAGCUAAGAUGACAGUAGAAACACCUGAAAGGUCUGCAGGCCCCGACAGGGCCAGGUUGUGGCCUGGUGGCAGAGCUCUUCUGGGUUUGCCUGCUGCCGGCCACAUGUGCAGGUCAGGCAGUUUCCCUCACGCUGCUCUUCCACGUUUCUGUUUGUCCCUCCUGCGGUGCACUUGUCCUGCUGCCCAUUUACUACCUGUGAGUCUGGGUGCAGUGGCGGCCCCAGCUUCCCUGUUUCUUCGGGAAGAGAACUGUGUGCUGGGAGGGGUGGGGCUUGAACGGGUAACUGCUGGUGUCAGCCAAGUGGAAACCACAAUGGCAAACCACGUUUGGUGUUCUAUGGAGAUGAGAUGUUCACAUGGCCAGGACAGACCACCCUGAGGCCUGAGGCAGGGACAGGAGGAGUGGCACCGAGGCCUUGGGACCAGGGGCGUGGUGGGGCUGCCCCGGCCUCCUGUCACCCAGGGCUCAGUCUUGCAUCUCCCUGGGAAGAUGGACGCCAGUGGAGACGGCUUGUGUUGCUGGCUGUCUCGGUGCCUUCUGCUGCUGCUGUCACCUGCAGGGUCUGUGGGGAGAGGUCCGAGAACCCCGAUGAGCUGAAACGUCUGAACGAGGCCGGAACCUGGUAGAAGGCAGGUGAUUCAACCCCAUCUGGGCGACUCGAGGAAUCGCUCCCCCAGGGCCAUGUCAGAGCGCGAAGAGCGGCGGUUUGUGGAGAUCCCACGGGAGUCAGUGAGGCUCAUGGCUGAGAGCACAGGGUUGGAGCUGAGCGAUGAGGUGGCAGCGCUGCUGGCCGAGGAUGUGUGCUACCGGCUCCGAGAGGCCACUCAGAACAGCUCCCAGUUCAUGAAGCACACCAAGCGGCGGAAGCUGACCGUGGAGGACUUCAACAGGGCCCUGCGCUGGAGCAGUGUGGAGGCCGUGUGUGGCUAUGGCUCCCAGGAGGCCCUGCCCCUGCGCCCCGCCAGGGAGGGUGAGCUCUACUUCCCUGAGGACAGAGAGGUGAACCUGGUGGAGCUGGCCCUGGCCACCAACCUCCCCAAGGGCUGCGCGGAGACGGCUGUCAGAGUCCACGUCUCCUACCUGGAUGGCAAAGGCAACCUGGCGCCCCAGGGCUCAGUGCCCAGCGCAGUGUCUUCAUUGACCGAUGACCUGCUCAAGUACUAUCAGCAAGUGACUCGGGCUGUGCUUGGGGAUGACCCACAGCUGAUGAAGGUUGCUCUCCAGGACCUGCAGACGAACUCCAAGAUUGCAGCUCUGUUGCCUUACUUUGUCUACGUGGUCAGUGGGGUGAAAUCUGUAAGCCAUGACCUGGAGCAGCUGCACCGGCUGCUGCAGGUGGCCCGGAGCCUCGUUCGGAACCCACACCUCUGCCUGGGGCCCUACGUCCGCUCCCUGGUAGGCAGUGUCCUCUACUGCGUCCUGGAGCCCCUGGCUGCCUCCAUCAACCCCCUCAAUGACCACUGGACCCUGCGGGAUGGGGCUGCUCUCCUCCUCAGCCACAUCUUCUGGACUCAUGGGGACCUCGUCAGUGGCCUCUAUCAGCAGAUCCUGCUGUCCCUGCAGAAGGUGUUGGCAGACCCCGUGCGGCCUCUUUGCUCUCACUAUGGUGCUGUGGUGGGGCUGCAUGCACUUGGGUGGAAGGCUGUGGAGCGCGUCCUGUACCCGCAUCUGUCCACCUACUGGACCAACCUGCAGGCCGUGCUGGACGACUACUCGGUAUCCAAUGCGCAGGUCAAGGCUGAUGGGCACAAGGUGUACGGCGCCAUCCUGGUGGCCGUCGAGCGCCUGCUGAAGAUGAAGGCGCGGGGCGGCGGCCGGCACCCCGAGGACCCGCCGUGGGGCGGCCUCCUGCUGCCCGAGCCCCCGGCCGAACCCGGCUUCGCGCCCGCGCCGCCGCCGCCGGCUGCUGGCCCCGCGCCUGCCGCGCCGCCCGCCACGCUGGCCGGCAUUUACCGCGAGCUGUACGCCUUCUUCGGCGACAGCCUGGCCACACGCUUCGGCACCGGCCAGCCCGCACCCGCCGCCCCGCGCCCCCCCGGAGAUAAGAAGGAGCCGGCGGCCGCCGCGGACGCGGUGCGCAAGAUGCCGCAGCUCACAGCCAGCGCUAAGCUGAGCCCGCCGGGCGACGAGAGCCCCCGGGGCGGCCCCCCGGCUGCCCCGGCAACUUCCGCCGCCGAAAGCCGGCCGCUGCCGCGUGUGCACCGGGCCCGGGGAACGCCCCGGCCGCAGGGCUCCGGUGCCGGCGCCCGGGACAUCUUUCAGAAGAGCCGCUUCGCGCCGCGCGGGGCCCCGCACUUCCGCUUCAUCAUCGCGGGGCGCCAGGCUGGGCGGCGUUGCCGCGGCCGCCUCUUCCAAACCACCUUUCCCGCCCCGCACGGGCCAAGCCCGGCCUCGCGUUACGUCCAGAAGCUGCCCAUGAUCGGCCGUACCAGCCGCCCGGCGCACCGCUGGGCCCUCUCGGACUACUCUCUGUACCUACCGCUCUAAGGAGACGAGCUACCCGGGGCGCCCCGGAAGUGACGCGUCCACACCACUCCGGAAGUGUGGCCGGUUUUCCCGUGGCGCUGUCCAGUCUGCAGCGUGUGGAGCUUGUGCUACUAGUUGCCGCCUUCUUGUGCGGGGCCCUGGCGGCUGCGGCGCUAAUCUGGACCCAGGUGCGGCUGUAGAGAGGGCGCAUCAUGAAGAUGGGGCGGGCAGGCCCCUCCCUGCAGUGGUGCAGGGACGGAGACAAGACCUGGGGAGCACCCUGUGCACAGUCAUUUCAAUCGGGAAUCACUUGGGCUUUGGCGAGAGAAAGCGCAGCGCAGGGGAGAUGCUCGAGCCACAGAACGUGAUUACAAGUGUGUUUAAUGACAAAACAUUGAUGCAGAAGACAGUUGGGCAAACAGUGCUUCCUUCUAGGCAAUUUUGUCAAUAAAGAUGGGUGUAUUCAUCACAAA